GGCCAUCUUGACUCUGUAAAAAUUGCAGAAAUUUGCCCAAAAACUCACCCAUUUUCAUAUCUCUAAGCGCUCCAGGAGACUCCAAUAGUGCCCGUGUGUGUAGUGUCAAACUCCCGGAGUGCGUGUAGCAGUGCUAAAAGGCGGUGCGGCGGGUGCAAAACGCGUCUCGAGGGUGGGAAAAUCAUGGGAGCAUGAAUGACGGAAACCGCGGUUCUGCAAUGUCUGGUCAUUCUCAUGGACGCUUGGGACAACCGCCAAACACCUCAUGGAAUCACCUUCAGGUCCCCUCGUACAUUCCACGACAGCCGCAACUGGCUCACCUUUCCAAUGAGCGCCCCAUGACUUGGCACACGCCGACUCCUCCGCCCACAGACGCCCUGUACAACUUCAUGGCAGCUAAUCACAAGAACCCACUCGACUUGAAUCCAAUGAUACCUACUUUUGCACCGACUCCUGCACCUUUCACCGGCACGAUGGACCUCACUGUGCCCUCAUCUCGCAAUAUGCAAUCUCCGACGAGAAACAGCGGCUCCUCGCCCGGCGCCAGUGUCAUCCAGACGGUGGGAAAGGAGAAGAACAACGGCGAGCUCGGGACUCUGUUUGUCCGCGACGCUAAGCAGAUUAACAACGACGUGGCGAAACUGGGUGGCCUUGCAGAGCCUGUGGAGUUGGUGAAGGAGGCACUGUUCAUGAAGAACCACGCACCCAAGUGUAACAGUCCAAUUCAACCGCCGGCGCCGCCCACGCGCCAAAGCCCGGCGCCCAGCGUGAGUCCGCCGGUGGUGAACCAGCCCAGUGAUCUCAGCUCAGCUUCUACGGGUGUACAGGAGAGCGUUCAGGUGUCCCCCAAGUCUGUUGACUCUGUAGACUCGGGUGGACGGAAGAGACGAAAGCGGAAGCCCAACAAAACGACGAGGAUGGAGAAUCAGGAGGACGAAGAGGAGCAGUUUGUGCCAUGCGUGGAACCAGUGGCGAUCGCAGAACCCGUGAGUGCCAUACAAGAGGCGCGGGCGCACGAUCCAGUCAGUCCGGGGAAGAAUAUAGACUCCAGUCCGAGGAGACGUAGUCGGAGAAAAGGGGCGGACGAUGCAGAGCCCGUGGAGACGAUCGAUAUGAUUGCCAACACGGAGGAAGAUGCGCCAAAACAGCAGCCUCAAGAAACUGCUGAACAGGAGAAGGUGCAGGAGAAUGGAGAAAAGAGUCAGGAGGCGGAAAAUGUGAACUUCGACGAAGUGGAGAACAAACUAGAGCAGAUGUUCGCCGGUAUUGAUGAUCGACCGACCCCAGCUGCCAAUGCCGUAGCCGACGAGACACCGACGACCAGCAAACCCGGCCCGAAGCCGGGCAGAAAGCGCGCUCUGUCUAAGGAUGAGGACAUCACGAAGCCCAAGAGGCGGAAGCGCGGUCGAAAGCCGGCUAAAGUGGUGGAGAAAGUGGCGGAGAAGCGGAAAAAAGGGCGGCCGCGACUGAAGCCGCCUCGGGAUGAGGCUGGAGCGUCAGCUACGGAGACCAGUUGCAGCACACCGAAGUUUCGAGGUCCCUUCGUGCAGGUGCGCAGCAGCGGCGUGGCGUGCGUGAUCAACACGCCGCAGACGGAAGAGGAGGGAGAUCGCAAAGGGCGGCUGCAUGGGCAUGCGAGCGGUGAGAGGCGGAAGAUCAGAGGACUUCACGUGAGCACGCUAAGCACGAAAUACGAUGCCGACACGACGGACGCCACGUGGAUGUGUGUCUUCUGCAAGUUCGGGCCUCACAAGAUGGGCUUGGGUGACCUUUUCGGCCCAUAUACUGUGUCCACGGCCUGCGAGGAGUUCCAGCUGAGCCAAGUGGAGCCCGCGAUGGAUGAAUUCAAGAGCAAGCGUACGAAAGGCGCCAUGAUCCAGCGCAAUGCACACACUUUACCCGUCGUGGCGGCAACACUAGCCACAGGAGACGCCGCAGCGUCAACGUCUGGCGGCAAGAAGAAGAAGAAAGCGCCAGCGGACGGCGCUUUGGAGGCACCUCUGGACGUGUUCUUGGGCAUGGGGCGUCUGAGCGAGGAGUCCCUCGAAGUGUGGCUGCACGAGGACUGCAUCGUGUGGGCUCCGGGCGUGCACAUCGUUGGUUCGCGCCUUGUGGGCCUCGAGGCGGCUGUUUGGGGCGCCACGAGGCACAAGUGCACGCUGUGCGGAAAGAAUGGGGCGUCUAUUGGGUGUCUAGAGCGCGGCUGUCAUGACAUGAGUCACGUUCCGUGUGCCAGGCAGAGCAACUGGGCGCUCUCGGAUGAGGACAUGAAGAGUCAGUGCGUGAAACACACUCCGGGAGGAGUGGCGAUGAAUGGGCAGGCCUAGUUUCUAGGUCACUACUUAAAAGUAUGUUUAAAUUAUUCUUGUGAGCGAGAGAGAGAAAUAUUCCGUAAAAGUAAUUCUACUCUAAAAUGAUGAUGAAAUUGAUAAAAAAAAAUCUAGAGACUCUUGUGUGGUAUAAAAUGUAAGGAAUGUAAGUGAGUUUAAGGACAUUGUGUUUAACUAAUGUGAGAUGUACAUCAGGAAUCAUACUCACCUUUCUUUCGCGGAACUGAUAAUUGAAGAGGGAGGGCGGAAGUGGAGAGAUGAUUGAUAGGAAAAAGAAACCAAUUCAGUGUAAGAUUGAUGAUAAUUAUUUUGUAUUGUACACUAAAUAGUUGGUAGAGAAUAAGUGAUCUGCUGAUCACACUUGACAAUUUCAACUCUUGUAAAUAGUAAUUCUAAUAAAGUGUAAUUGUCUAUUAAGUAAAUUGAUAAUUGAAUUAAAGAGGAGAAUAGAAAUGAAUGCUUUUUAUUUUAAACGGCUGAAUUAAACCUCA